GCGGUGAUUACAAUGUUUUUUUAAAGGCAGUUUUAAAGUUAAAGGAACGAAAACAAAUCUGUUGUCGUUCCUUUAACUUUGAGUCAAUAAGAUCGCGCUUUUACUGAGUUGUUAAUCACAUUUAUUCCACCAGAGGGCUCUAGAUUUCAAAUUUCCAGUCAUGCAAUGUAGACAAGAGUAAAGAGAAGUACUUUUUAAAAAAGUAUUUUCCCUUCAGUCUGUGAGAAGGAUGGAGCUGGGAAUCUGAGCAGAGCAGCCGAAACCUGCAGAUGUCCAGCGGAACUCUGACUCUAACCUUUCCUAAACCUUCAUCUCUCUGACCUUCCUGAACCCAAACCAUGAAGCUCUGGGUUCUACUCUGCCUGACCUUGCUUUGGUUGGAGCUCCACUGUGGCGACUGCCAACAAGUGAAACGAAAGAAAGAUCCAGGGGAGAACCGCAUCAGACCGGGGGGGAAACGGGUGAAGGUGAGACCGCCCAAAGCCAAGGACGCAGGGGGUAAAGGUCAGUCCCUGCUGACUCAGGUUCUAGAUAAGGGGCGCUUCCUUCGCCUGGGUCACAGCACAACUCUGACUCCCAGUGAGAGCAUUGAGCUGCGCUGCAAAGGCACCAACAUCGGAUGGUCGUACCCAAAAUACCUGGACACCUUCAACGACUCGCGCCUCAGCAUCAAGCAGAGUGACAAGUACAGCCAGUUGAUCCUGACGUCGCCCUCUGCUGCUGACACUGGCUCCUACGGCUGCUGGGUGAUAUUGUGUGACGGGAGGGACUGUGAGAAGGACCACGAACGCUCCUACGCCUCGUACAUCUACUUCACAGACAAGGAGAACCUCUUUGUUCCUUCUGCCAUCCACUUUGAGAUCGUCUACCUGCGCCCCGACAGGCAAGCGGUGGUGCCCUGUCGUGUGACUGACCCUGAGGCCAUGGUCAGCCUGCACAGAGAGGUCCCACCAGAGGAGAUCCAGGCCAAUUCAACCCAGAUGACCUAUGACCCCACCAAGGGCUUUGUCCUCCAGAACCCUGGUCCAGAGCUCCAGGGAGUGUUUUACUGUAAGGCUGUGGCCAAGAGGACGCCUCAGGUCUCCACAAAGUACCAGCUGCUCUACGUGGAGGUUCCCAGCGGUCCGCCCUUCGUCAGCCUUCAUUCCUCCCCAGAGACUGUUAGUGGAGGAGACACCAUGAACAUCAGCUGCACCGUGCUGGGAGAACCAGAGGUGGAUGUGGGCUUCACCUGGUCUUAUCCUGGUCAGGACCGUCGUCCAGUUGACAUCCUGUCUUCGUGGCGCCUGGUCACCAGAGGGAUAGGUCACACCACGCGGCUCUCUCAGAGCGUCCUGACGAUAGAGGACAUGGAGACCAUCGACUUUGGGAAUUACAUCUGUAAAGCCAAAAACCAGCACGGAGAGACUUUAGUGUCCAUCAGUGUUCAGUAGUUCACGUCAUUCUGUCCCAGCGGUCCGUCGAAAAUGUUUUUAUAUUCUCCAGACACAACUGUAACAGACCGAUGGAAAUUUGAUUGGACGUGGUGAUAAUAAAGUUUUGGUAUUUGUUUGACAGAAA